UUUUUUUAAUUUUCUGCUGAACCAUUUAUGUCAUUAGGUCAUACGUCUUAUGCUAGGAUGCAAAACAUUGUAGAAAAAGCCUGAAAGGGCUCUUCCGGAGUUGCCUACAGCACGCAGAGGUUUAAACACUGGUUAUAAGACCAAACAGGAAGGGGAAAAAAAAAUAUUGAAAAUUGACGGAAAUCAGCACAGAUCCAGGGAUUUCAGCGGCGGCCCGAGCUGUCGCCCGCGGUACCGUGAGCACCCGGAGCCUCCUCCAACGCUCCCCGGCACUGGGGCAGGGCUCGGGAGCACCCCGGCUGCCAGAGUCAGCCCCGGGGAGGGCCGAAGCGGGCGGUAAGGGCGGCUCUGAGGGGAGGAGCGGGAGGACGGCAGCCCGCCAGCGGCGGACCCGUCCCCGCCUGAGGCGCGGUGGCUGCGUCCCGCUCGCGUUCCCGGGAAAGGACACGGCAUGGGCCGCUCCCACUGCCGGCCGCGACGGGGGAGGCAGAAGGAGACCGGCGGCUCCGAGGGGCUGGUCCCGGUCCCGGUGCCGCCUCACUCCGCGCCGGGUACACCGCGCGGCUCGGUGCGGUCACGUCCCCGUGUGGGCGGGCUCGGCCUCCUCGGCGCCGCCCGGCCGGCCCCCGGCGGUGUCCCCCGCGCAGGGAAUGGUUUGUCCCUGCCUCCCAGCCCUACGCUCCCGCUCCUCCUCCCGCUAGUGCCCGGCUCGGCGGGCGGCGGAGCGGGUGUUGUUGCCUGGGGGGCUCCGCCGCACCUCACCUCGCCGCACCGCCCCUCACAUCACUGCGCCGACCGUGAGGCGCCCCCCGAGAGGAGCGCGGUGCCGGGGCCGCCUCGCCAGGGCUGACUCUUCUGACGGCCUCAGCAAUGCAACACUAGCAGUAUCUGCCUAGGUCCCUGUCCAUGUGUGACCCUGUGCCUCUCUAGCAAGUGUGCCUGACCUCUGCUGUCCCUGGAAGAUAAAAGUUUCUGUUUCCUCGAUUCCCUGGUCUCUGCACUUGGUGUUUUUGUGCACGUGUGUUGACUUCUGGCUCUUUGUAGGACAGGACUGUGUGCAAUGUAGCUCUCCUGCUGGUGCUCUUACACCUUGCCAGGCAACUGUAAAGAACUAAUAUUUGCUACAACCAGAGACUGAAAUGGUCUGAAUAGAGCGUUAAGUAACUUGGCUUUGACAGCUCCAUCAUUUCCUCAGAACUUGGAACAGAAUUUGAGCUCUACUUCUACACUAUCUUAGAUUAUAAUGCCAUCCUUGCCUAAUGAGGGAGACAACCUUGGAACUGCUCCUGUGACUUUGCGAUCGGAACUACCCUAUCAAAGCCCUAUUAAAAGAAAGGUCAGAAAGAAGAAGAAUGGAGUCAUCACUGCAAAUGUUGCUGGCACAAAAUAUGAAAUUGUACGUGUGGUAAUACGAGAAAUGGGAUUUGUGAAAACACGUGAUGAAGAUGAAACAGCUAAUCUUAUAUGGAGUGAUUCUGCUGUGCAACAAGAAAAGAUUGCUGAACUUCGGAACUAUCAGAGAAUCAACCAUUUUCCAGGAAUGGGAGAGAUCUGCAGAAAGGAUUUUCUGGCAAGAAACAUGACUAAAAUGAUCAAGUGUCAGCCUCAGGAGUAUACUUUUAUUCCUCGAACAUGGAUCUUCCCUGCAGAGUACACGCAGUUUCAGAACUAUGUAAAAGAACUGAAGAAGAAGCGUCGACAGAAAACAUUUAUAGUCAAACCAGCUAAUGGUGCAAUGGGGCAUGGGAUCUCUUUAAUAAGAAAUGGAGAAAAGUUACAAGCUCAGGAUCACUUGAUUGUUCAGGAAUAUCUUGACAAACCAUUUCUUAUGGAAGGCUACAAGUUUGAUUUACGUGUAUAUAUUCUUGUAACCUCCUGCGAUCCAUUAAAAGUGUUUUUAUAUCAUGAUGGACUGGUGAGAAUGGGCACAGAAAAGUACCAUCCCCCCAGUGACUCAAAUUUGAGCCAAUUGUAUAUGCAUCUGACUAACUACUCUGUGAAUAAACAUAAUGAACAUUUUGGACGGGAUGAAACAGAAGACAAAGGAAGUAAACGCUCCAUAAAAUGGUUUACUGAGUUUCUAGAAACAAAUAAUCUUGAUGUCUCCAAAUUCUGGAAUGAUAUUUCAGAGUUAGUAGUGAAGACUCUCAUAGUUGCAGAGCCACAUGUUCUUCAUGCUUAUCGCAUGUGCAGGCCAGGGCAAGCACCAGGAAGUGACAGUGUCUGCUUUGAAGUCCUGGGAUUUGAUAUUCUGCUGGACAGAAAACUAAAACCAUGGCUCCUAGAGAUUAAUCGUGCUCCAAGCUUUGGAACUGAUCAAAAAAUAGACUACGAUGUAAAAAAGGGUGUUCUUCUAAAUGCAUUAAAGCUCCUCAACAUACGGACAAGUGAUAAAAGGAGAAACUUAGCCCAACAGAAAGCUGAAGCUCAAAAAAGACUGUAUGGUCAAGGCUCAAUGAAAAAACUGUUGCCAGGUUCCUCAGAUUGGGAAAAGCAGCGCCACACACUGGAAAGGAGAAAAGAAGAACUGAAGGAAAGACUUGCACAAGUCCGUAAACAGAUUUCCAAAGAAGAGCAUGAAAAUAGGCACAUGGGGAACUACAGGCGAAUUUACCCUCCUGAUGAUAAAACAUUACUUGAAAAGUAUGAGAGUUUGUUAGCCACUGCUUUCCAGACAUUUCUUGCUGGGAGAGCAGCUUCACUUCAGCGGGAAAUGAAUAACCCUUUAACAAGAAUGAAGGAGGAGGACAUUUUGGAUCUUCUGGAGCAAUGUGAAAUAGAUGAUGAAAAACUAAUGGGAAAAUGUACCAGGCAGCGAGGACCUAAGCCCUUGUAUUCUAUGCCAGAAAGUGCACAGCCCUUAAGAAAACUUAAGAACUACAAUAGUGAUAGCAGCUGUGAUAGUGGUAGCAGUAUGUCAGAGUCUGGAGAAGAAACUGAAAAGGAAGAUCAUAAUGAAAAAAAAGAGAAAAAAGUAUCAUAUGAUCUUGAAGAAAAUAAAUAUAAAUCCUUGGAACGAUCAGGUAGAAUGAACUGGAAACCUUCAAUUAAAAAUAUAAAAUCUCCAUCAUAUUCACCCUCCACAUCAUCUGCAGGUCCAAUAAGGCGUUCUGUAAGCUGCCCUCGUUCAAUAUCGAAUAUGCAGUCACAUGAGCAACGUCCCUUCUCGGCCAAAGCAUCUCUGCAAAUCCAGCGUGCAUCCUCAGUGAAUAGGUCUCGUUCUUUAAAUUGCAGCCCAUCUUCAUCCAGAGUCUCUCAGACAUCCAGCCUGGGAACUAUGAAUUCUUCGGGGAAUGAGUCUUUGCUGCAACAGAAAACGAAAGAGCAAGAAGUUGCUCUGACAAAAGAGACUCUGCUCAUUUUCAAUGACAUGAGAAUGAAGUUCCCAGGCAAAACAGAUGAAGAAUCAGAAUUAAUUAUAGAAGAUAUAAUGGAUAAUUGGAAGCAUCAUAAAACAAAAGUGGCAUCAUAUUGGUUGGUAAAACUGGAUUCUGUAAAGCAACGAAAACUUUUGGAUAUAGUCAAGACAAGCGUUCGUGCAGUCCUCCAGCAUGUCUGGAAGGCUCCAGACAUUGAAAACUUACAUCUGUACCGUCUCCUUAACCGUGUAUUUAAUCGCUUACUUUGGAGCCAUGGUCAAGGCCUGUGGAACUGUUUCUGUAAUUCAGGGAGCUCUUGGGAAACCAUAUUCAGUAAAAGUGCGGAGGUGGUGACUCCUGAGCAACUCCAGUGUUGCCAACGGAUAGUACAGCUUUGUAAACACUGCCUACUAGUGGUUUACAAAUAUUCAUCUGGCUCCAGAGGAUCAUUGACUGGAAUUAGCCCCAGCUGGGAUGAUACAAGGUGUUUGUUGCCAGGACCUUCACAGUUCAUCACGAACAACCUUAGCUGCAGUUCAUCUGGAAUGCCUCGCCCUAACAUUUUGUUCACACACAGAUAUAGUCACCUGUGAAGCAAAAGAAAAGUUACUUUUCUUUGUAAAUAAUGGCACUCCAUUUUUUUUUUUUCAAAUUAUAAUUUGUCAUGGAGCUAAAUGCAAGCACUGUUAUCAUAAUAUGGUAGUUAAUAUAUAACAUUUAGCUGAAAACCUACUGUAAAAGCAUAGCUUUUCUGGAAGCAUAAUAAACCUUGUUAAGCUGUUUACACACAUUUGAAUGUGUAGAUCUUGCUAGGUUUAUAAGUAAUUCCUACUAGAAAUGUUAUUUUUGCUGCAGAACAUAGAAAUGAAAUUGAUCUUGAAGAUCCUAUUACAGUGUUACAUUAUUUUGUAUGUACAAUACUUUGACUUGAAUAUUAUUUAUUGUAAAGUAUACUAUUUAUUGUCUCAAAUGUAAUUGAUGCUUUAACUAGACAGAUGAUUAAAAAAAAUGUAGUAGAACAGUAAAAAUGUAAUAAUUAUUAAAAAUAAUCUGAUAAUUUCUUGGACAUGUUUAAAAUAAUCUCCCAAACUCUGUAAGCCAAACCUGAAACAGAUAUCUUUUUUCAUUUCUCCCCUGAAAUUACGGGUCCUGCUUAGUGCUUUUACUUUUCUUAAAGGACAUGGCAUAGUAUCUUUUAGUCAAAGUGAAGGCAUUCUUUAUGCAAAUAGUAAAAAUAUCAGUUCAUGCAUUCAGUUUCUAAUUGGAUUUUUGUAAUAAAACAGAAGCCAGUAUUUGUUAACUAGCUUUCAUUCACAUUACCUAUGGCCUGUGCCUUUAAGUUUCCUUUGGGAGCAAGCAGUCACCUACAACUUGUGCAAGCAUGCAUAGUGGAUAGGUUUUCUGUUUUACUACACAAGUGGUAAAGCAGACAUUUUUAGGAAAUACUGCAGCUAUAAUUUAUUAUUUCAACCUUAUACUAAUUGGUUUGCUGUAGUUUUUAGCAUACAAUCCAGUACAUACUGUAGAAUGUGUUGUUUAACUAGACAGUAUUUUCUAGACUUGUUGACACCUUUAAAUGUUGGAAAUAUAAUUCAGUAGAAAGCUCUCAUUCAGAUUCAGCUUCCUCGGCCUGGCUGAAGGGCACAAAAAGAAACUGAGCCAGAACAGGACCACAAUUAACAGGACUUGUAACCUGAAAGCAUCAUUCAGGUUUUCUACAUAUACCCUUUCAUCUCAUUCAGCAUUGCGCCAUAUAAGCCUUAUUCAUUAUAUAAAUAAUUAUUUAAAAAAAAAAAAACCAAACAGCUAAUCUAGAUUUAAUUUUUUUUUUUUUUAACUGAGUAAAGAACAGAGUAGUAGGUAUUUACCAAAGACUUGUUUACUUUCUAAUAAUGUAACCUGGAAACUUGUUUGUAAAUUACUAAUGUAUUUUAGGUAUACGUUAAAAAAUAAUUUAGGGGGGUUAAUUGACCUCAGGAGAAGUAUAUUAGAGGUUUUUGAUAUCCAGAAAUUUAUGAGAAAUUUAUGAGAAAUUUAAGAGACUUAAGAGAUUUGAGACUGAAGUUGUUUGGAAUUUAAUUUUUUAAAAUCUUAGUCAUAGUAUAUAUAUCAAAUUGGGAAUUCUGGUGAGAUUUUUGAUGCCUGUGCUGUAGUGCCUCAGCUCUAGAACUGCAAGAUACAAGAUAGCAAGACUAUUUGUAAACAAUUAAAAAAAAGACAAAACAACAACACAAAACAUAGAUUAGCCAGAUAUAAGCAGUCUUCUAGUCCAGUAAAAAUCUUUUUCAUUCUCAUGGUAAUACUAAUUUAGUAAUACAGUAUGUUCACAUUAAUUGUGUAUAUUUCCUUUGAUCCAUAUUGAAAAAGCAUAUUAUGAUUAUCUGUAACACCUAAUAAAAACUGUAAAUCCUC